AUGACGCGCGCCCAGCAGACCGUCUCCCUCGCCCUCCUCGUCUCCUCCCUCUACUUUGCGCUCUACCUCGGCCUCAUCCCUCUCCCCGCCCUCGUUCAGGAGCAGGUCGUCCCUCUGUUGCCGUUCUGGGCGCUCGUCAGCUUCGGCGCCCUGCUGCUCUUCCGCCUCGGCUGGGGCAUCCUCACCUUCAACGACGUCCCCGCGGCGCACAAGGAGCUCAUGGAGGAGAUUGAGCUGGCCAAGACGGAACUGCGAACGCUCGGCGUGUCGGUGGACUAG